UGUCAGUUACUGUUGGACAGUAAAUGACAGUAACUGAUAAGGCGCGAGGGUCGUCAGUUUUUUUCGAUGAGAACUUGGAGCAAAGGAGGUGUUGAGCCAUUUAGCUAGUGAUACGCGGUUAAAAAUAGAGAGCUAAAUUAAGUUUGGUAACGUUAAUGAAAGAGACACGUUUCACAUAAAAGGUGUAGCACUCUGGGAAAAGAUGAAGAAAAGUAGCCUGGUGUUUAACUCAACUUCUCGAGCAAUGAAUUCUUCAGUUUCAGGAGGUCAUCAAGUCAGCCAAAGUUCAAGAAACAAGUGGAGCUUUGCAGGUUCACAAACCCGAAGAAGUGUCGGUGGCAGCAACAGGAAACGUAACAUCCUCGAUAGUAACACCAGUCAAACUCCUAGAAGACCAGUUCGGGUGUUAGACAAUAAUGGCGUUGACGUCACUCCUUUGCCACUGUAUCAUGCAGAGUCAGGAGACAUGGCUUCCAAACCAGGCAGAUUCUUGGAUGAACUCUUUUUCAGCUCAGAAUCAGACCACUUAAAAUCAACUUCAAGCUCUUUUAGCUCAUUUAUGGGUAGCAGCCUACCAUCCAGCCUGUGUACCACAGUGUCAAAGACUAAGUGGACUGAGGAUAGUGUUCCUAAACUGGACAUACCAAUAAUCCCUCCACCUCCAAGCGGACAGAGGAAAAAAGACAAUGUGAAACAACAUGUAACAGAAGAGAUGUUGGAUGAUGUAGUAGACAUCUACCUCACUGAGACAGAUACCAUUUCACUGUUUGACAUGCCACCCCUCAUCGUUAUGUCAGAGGAUGUUGAUGAUACAAAAGCCAUUGAAGAGAGAAACCUUCAAUAUGCUGAUCUCUGCAAGAAGAGAGUGGGCAAUGAUAAGUAUGUGGAGCGAUCAAUGCAGACAUUCAAUGGAGCACCUAAAGAAAAACAGAUCCAGACCGACAAGAUUGUCAUGGUGGAUGAAGGCACAGUUGCUACUAUCUGGGAUAUCUAUGACUCUUUCUCUGGCCAAAACAAAAACCCUGAAAGUGAGAAGACUAACAAUGUACCAAAGAAGAGAGCAGAGAAGAUCAGCGGCACAGUCAGCACCGUCAGCAUAGGCAGCAAUUUAAAUGCCGAGUCCAACCCAGAAGUGAACAUGUUGACAGAGUCAUUCCAACACAGCUUACUAGUGAUGGAGAGGAGCCUCGUGGCAAACUUCUUUCAACCCAAGCUGGCUGCUUAUAGGCAGCUUCCUAUGAUAAAAGACCCUGACAGCACGGUGAACCCUGGGACCGAGGAAAAGAGCGAGGAGGGUAAGGAGAACUCUUCCUCUCCAACUCUGGAACGUCUCUGGGCUUUCAGUUGCAAGCUCACUGCAGGAUGGAACAUUACCUGCAUGGUCUGGAACAAGGAGAACCUGGAUCUCCUGGCAGUGGCAUAUGGUGACAGUGACUCCACCAACCAGAAAAGUUUGAUCUGUUGCUGGUCCAUCAAAAACCCUACGUGGCCAGAGCGAGUCUUCCACUGUCAUAGUUGUGUGACAUCACUGGAUUUCUCAGCCGACAACCCCGGCCAGCUGGCUGUGGGGAUGCACGAUGGCACUAUAGCCAUCUACAGUGUUCAGAGUCGGAAUGUUGAGUGUAUUGCCAACAGCAGUGAGUGUUCCAAAAGGCACUUGCAUCCAGUGUGGCAAGUCAACUGGAGCAAACAAGAGAUUACAUUGUCUGGGGACGACAGGGUAGAAGCGCUCGUUGCUGUGUCGGCAGAUGGCAGGAUUACCAAGUGGCUCCUCUGUGGCAAUGGUCUUGAGUGCAUAGACUUGAUGAAGCUAAAGAAGACUCAAAAUUCCAAGAAGAAAGCUGUAGAAAGCAAGAACAAGACAAAACAUAUGAGUUCAGCACAGACUCCUGGUCUUUGUCUUGACUUCCAUCCAACAGAUUCCAGUAUGUAUCUGGUUGGCACAUGGGAGGGCCUCAUCCAAAAGUGCUCCGUCUCCAACAGUCGCAAUGUUCUGGAGACUUACCAAAAUCACUUUUGCCCUGUGAACAGCAUUGAAUGGUCUCCAUUCAGUCCAGAUGUGUUCCUGAGCUGCUCCUCUGACUGGACCAUCCAGCUGUGGAAGCAGGAAUGCCUUACCCCUGUGUUGAGCUUUACAUCCGCCCAGAGGGCCGUGCAUGCCGUCAGGUGGUCCCCAAACUGGUCCACAAUAUUUGCAGCCAAUAAUGGACUGCAGGUUGAGAUCUGGGACCUGAAUUUAAGCAUCCUGCAUCCAACCAUUGUGCACAAGGCUGCACCUGGUGUGACAAUGACGUCUGUGCUGUUUGCCAGAGGGACAGACUGUGUCUUGGUAGGGGACAGUGAAGGCCAAGUGACUGUCUACCAGCUCAAAAACCUCAGUGUUGGACAAGGCAAGCAGGUGGACAGCUUGGAAGACAUCAUUGGCUCUGCAGUUCCCAGGUAUCUUUAGAAACUGCAAGUUUUAAACUGCAAUGUGAAAGUUUUAAUCCAUCCAAAAAGAUCAGACUGUAUACUUGUAAAAACGCUGGCCUUUUGUUUUAUUUGAGAACCACUUAACGUUUGUUGUAUCUUAUCAUAUGUUAAUUCUAUUACGGCAGUUUAAUUAUUGCCUGUUAUUUUGGAAUUU